AUGUGCAACUUCAAGAACACCGUAUUCACCUGUGGAUGUGAGAUCGAGGAGAACACCUCUGUUUGCGGAUGGGUCAACGACGAUAUGUCAGAGUGCAUGGCGAGCUCUCAGUCAGUUGACGUGCGUUCAUCACGGACCUGCGGUACCAAGAAGUGCAAAAACGGCGGACUAGCUCUCCACCCCGUCAAGACUGUAGAUCUUGCACGUUCAAACAGCAAUAGCAGCAGCAGCGGAGACGAGUGGGCCGACGAGACCCCAUCACCAGAGCUAUAA